CUGAGAAAGAUGGCUAGCCAGCUAGCUGGCUAACUGGCUACGGUCACUCGAUCACUUUGUGCUCUGACCAAUGCUAAAAUAUGUUCGCUAACAUUAGCUAACGGCCAGCCAGCUCGCUGAUGCUAAAUGAAUUAUCUAGCUACGUAAAGGUUGUACCUGUAUGUAUCUAUAGCCAAGUAGUUCUGUUUAUUACAUUAUUAAAUGUGCUGCACUUGCUGUACAUGUGUGUUUUAUGCGGUUGAGAAAAAAGGAAUAAUUAGCUGCAGACCAUUGAGAUCAAGAGCCAGUGAGGGAUAGGGAUCAAUAUCUAAUCGCGACGUCAUCGAUGUUGCAGCUGCCUGCCCCGAGGGCUGCCAGCGGACCGGGCGGACGAGCGGGAGACCAUGGACCUGAGCGAGAGACGGCCCAACAAGUGGUGGACGGAGACGGACACCUUCGCCAUGCUGGCGCUCAUCGAGGAGCUGGACCUGGUGCACGAGCUGGACAAGAAGCGGCAGCGCAACGACUCGCACUUCCGCCGCCUCCGCCACGGCCUGGCCAAGCGCGACAUCCACUUCACCGUCAACCAGAUCCGCAACCGCUGGAAGAGCCUCAAGCACAAGUACCGCAAGAUCAAGACGGCGGGCUACCGGAGCCCCGCCGCCCGCCUGUCCGCCAUCGAGGCCUUCCGCUACUUCCGCAAGCUGGACCGCAUGCUGGCGGCAAGGAGGCCGCGGGCCGCGGGGACGGGCGAGGCCACCGGGGGGAGCCACAACCUGGUGGUGCUCUCCACCUCCGACCUGGAGGACCACACCGACAGUGAUGUUCCUCAGUCUUGUAUGUCCACGUGUUGGCAGGACGCCCUCCCGGGACCAGAUGGGGACAGCGAGGAAAGCAAGGGCCCCCCCGAGGAGCCGGGGGACUUCAGGACGCCCCGCUGGGACGUUGGGACCGAGGAGGUGGUGACUUUGGGGCUGUCGGGGGAGUACCUCUACCCGGUGAAGGCGGAGCCGCACCUGCUGUCUUCCUUGCGCAGCCUAGAGGGCGCCAGAGAGCCACCCGGCUGUAGCCCGAGGGACUCGCCAGGCGUGUGUGAUGACAUCAGCAGCCUGAUCCUGCAGCAGCUGACCAUCCUGAACCAUCAGCUGGGGGAGCAGCUGGCGGAGCAGCGGGCCUUCCACUGCAGCAUGCUGGGGCUGAUGGACCGCCAAAUCGAGGUCCUCCAGCAGCUCUCCAACUCCACCCGCACGCCCCCCGCCAAGGAGGCGGCCGGCGUGGAGCGGGACGCCCCCGUCAGCCAGCAGGUGCACGAGGCCCUGGUUCGGGUCCUCCGGGGCGUGGAGCAGGCCCAGGCUCAGGGCCUGGCGGCGUGCCCGUCCAAAGCCCCGCCCUCCGAGCCCCUGGCCCCGCCCUCCUGGACCGUCUCCCUGCUGGAGGUCCACCGGGGGUCCCCGCCUCCCGCGGCCGGCAGCGAGGCCCCACCCCCCGCCACCGACCCCGCCCCCGCCCCCCCCCAGCGGCCCCCGGACGAGGGCCGGCCCGACCCCCCCGGCGCCCCCCUCCCCGAACAGCUUCCCCCCUCGCGGGGGGGCGUCCUGCUAAAUGGCCUUUCAAUCCGGUGCCAGCACAAGUGAGACCCCCCCAAAACCACACGCCAUCAGCUCAACCCCUCCCAAUCUAUCUCCCUGUUGGAGUCUCAACUCAGAGCUGCAGUUGGGGGAUGGAGGACAACAGUUUUGGUGAAAAAACCAAACAAAAAAAACUAUGGGUGCUUAACAUUUUUGAGGGUUUGUAGAUUUUAAGACAAACUGUACUUUAUCAAAUUUUAGGCAUUUUAGUCAAAUUUGAAUUACUUUGUUAUUCAAAUAGGUGGCUGCUUUGGGACUGAUUAGUGACUGGCCUCGAUUCAUAACUCAAUUUUAAGGCAGGUCUUAUUAUUAUUAUUAUUAUUAUUAUUAUUAUUAUUAUUAUUAUUAUUAAUUGGUAAGUUGAUUUCCACUGCCUUGCAAAAGUAUUGAAACCCUUGACGAAUUCUCACAUUUUACUGAUACAUGGAACCAUUUGUGUGAUAUUUUAUUUAUAAACAUCAUAAGUCUAAAUAAUUAUUUUAAGGUGCAAUUGGUUUUAUCUUCUAAAAUACACUUAGUGACCACUUUAUUAGUGUCACCUAUCUAGUACCUGGUAGGACCCCCUUUUGCCCCCGGAACAGCUUGAAUUCUUUGUGUCGUGGAUUCAGCAAGCUUCUGGAAACGUUCCUUAGGGAUUUUGGUCCAUGCUGUCUCGAUAGCAUCACAGGGUUCCUGCAGAUUUUUCAGCCACACAUUAAUGCUGCGCACCACCUGUUCCAUCUCAUCCCAAAGGUGCUCUAUUGGGUUGAGAUCUGGAGACUGUGUAGGCCAUUGGAGUAAACUGUCAUCCAUGGGAACCAGCUUGAGAUGAUGUGUGCUUUGUAACGUGGUGCAUUAUCCUGCUGGAAGUGUCCAUUUGUAAAAGGGUAGACUAAGGCCAAAAAGGGAUGCACAUGGUCAGCAGCAAUAGAUAUGGUGUGGCAUGCUGAAAUGGUAUUGAGGGGCCUAAUGUGUGCCAAGAAAACAUUCCGCACACCAUUACACUACCACCAUCAGCCUGCACGGUUGACACAAGGCAGGAUGGAUCCACCGAUUCAUGCUGUUUACGUCAAACUCAGACUCCACCAUCUGAACUUUGGAGCAGAAAUCAGGUUUAUCAGACCAGGAAAGAUUUUACCGAUCUUCAGUCAUCCAGUUUAGGUGAUCAAAUUCCCACUGUCUCAUCUUCCCGUUCUUAGCUGACAGAGUGGAACCUUGCAUGGUCUUCUGCUGUUGUAGCUCAUCUGCUUCAAGGUUUGAUGUGUUACGCUUUCUGAGAUGCCCUUCUGCAUACCACUGGUGUAAAGAGCUGUUAUUUGAGCAUUUGUGGUAUUUCUGUUAUUCUGUUAGCUUGAACAAGUCUGCCCAUUCUCCUCUGACCUCUCUCAUUAACAAGGUGUUUUUGGGCACAGAACUGCUGCUCACUGGAUGGUUUUUGUUUAUUACACCAUUCUCCGUAAACUGGAGACUGUAUUGCAUGAAAAUCCCUGGAAGGCAGCUGUUUCUGAGAUGCUGGAACCACCACGUCUGGCACCAACAAUCAUACCCUGGUGAAAGUCACUAAUGCUUGCUCAAAAACUAAACCUCUUCACCAUGUUUGCAAGCUUUAUACAUUAGUAUAUUGGGCCACAUGAUGUGCUGUUUGAAGGAUCAGAUUAUUUGCAUUAACGAGCAGAUGUAUCUAAAACAGUGGCCUCUGAGUGUAUUUUUAAGAAAGAAAAAAAACUCUAAUAUCCCUUUUGCAUUAAUGUUCAAUCCCUGCCCUCUGGAAGCUUCGGGUUUACACCAAUGACAAAAAUUACCUUAACAAAGACAGGAUUGCCUUACCAUUGGCUCUUCCUGUGAACCAAGGCAGUAAAAGUAACUAUCACAUUAUCUGGAUAAAAACCCCACUGAAAGAUCAUUGGUCAGGCUGGGAAUCUAAAGGAAAGGUGUGAAGACUAAAGAAUAUUUCACAGAGAUUAAAACGUAAAGUUGUACAAAUGGAUAAAUUAUGAAAAGGGUACAAAAUAAUUUCCAGGUGUGUGGAUAUCCCAGUGAGCACAGCUGGAUCAGUAAUCAGGAAGUGGAAGCUGCCUCACACCAUCCAGGCACUGCCUAUAGAAGGCCGCCCCUCAAGUACUCCGUGUCUCGUCAACAAGGGGACUUGUGCGGGAAGCCAUAAAAAGUGGAGUUUAGGUACACCAGUCUACCAUAACAAGAGGGGUUCAAGGGGUUUGAAUACUUUUGCAAGACACUGCAUUUUAACAAAUCACAAACGUCACAGAGUCUUUAAAAUAAGAUGAAUCUUCCACAUACUUUAGUACCUCAUAACAUAACACCCAAAAGGUGAAAUUGGACAUUUUAAAGCUUCUGAGAGUUCCUGAUUUGUACCAAUGAAAAAAAAAGCGUACUGUUUAAAGGACUGUCCUAAAAGUGCUUUAUGAAUUCUGGCCAAUGAACAGCAGUGUAGCUCUACUCUCUAUGGUCAAGGAGAAUGCUCACGCCUGCCAGACUGGGAUCAAUGGUCUCUUGGUGUUUCAGGCUGAAUACUCCUACUGGAGGGUAUUGCUGUGUGAUUGCAGUGGUUGAUGAUGUGUCUUUCUGUCCAAUCACAGUGGACUUCGCCCUGUGCGGCUCAACACAGGUUUGUUACAGCCUAUGUAUAUUUGCGUUUUUUCCCAACGAAGUUUUGUUGGCCAUCUUUCAAGAAGUGUUGUUAGCGCCCUAACUGAAAAUUCACAUUAGGUGGUAGAAAAACAAGUUAUAGCAAAUAUUUAUAGUACUGAAUGGGAAUCAUAAGAAACGUGUGAGCUUUAGGCCAAAAUCACAGGGGCAAUAUUUGUCCUUAACUCCAUAUGAAACGUGAAUUAAAUCUACUGAAUCUAGCAUUGUGCCAUGGCAUGCUAAUGAAGUAUUGCACAUCUGAUGUUACGUAGAACAUUUUUUCCUUGAUUUAAAUACCAUUGUACUUAGAUUGAACAAUCACUAGCUAAAUGGGUUUUCAUAUGAGAAUUUGUUAGGCCAAGAUCAAACAAUCUUUUAUUCAGUUUCACAUAUGCUAAAUUUCGGCUUAUUUCCUACAAGUGUGUACUCCUUACUUCUUUUGUUUCUUUAAUUCAUACUUUAUCAUAGUGUUGCAGAGCAAUGUAGACUAUGCUUACUUGAAUCAUGAAGGGAAGGAACGUUGAAAAACUUAUUUACUAAUUUAGAUGUUGGUAAAGUGUGUGCACCGUUAAUAACUUUAUUCAGUUGGGCAACAUUUUAACAUUUCACAUAACCAGUUUGAAGAACUAACGCUACUUUGAAAUUGUAUCCACUAGACAUUUGGACCUAUUUCAUUUGGUCAGUACUAAAAAUGCCACAGUAUUGCUCUAAGACAGAGUGAAAAUAUUAUGUUGUUCUGCAUUGAGUAUGCAGAACAAUUUUAGCUUAUUCAGUGGUGACCUUCUGUUUUACAUGACUAGGCUUUGUAUAGAAUCCUCUCAUUGUCUUGAAGAGGGUAUCAUUUCUUAGUUACAGUAAACACAGCAUGUAUUAUUAAUGCCACUUUUCAAUACCACAAAAAAAGAAGGAAGAUCAGGUUAUUGACUUGUCGCCCAGGUCUCUUUUUCCGCAUUUUCCCCAAAGGCAGCUGAACCCACUGUAUACCAGUAAGAAUAAUUCAAAAUACUGUACUUUGCAGACUUGACUGGUCCAGUGACAGUAAAUGGUGCUGAAUAUUCACCUUUUUGUCCUAUCCAAUGUAUCCAUAUACAGAGGGAAAAAAGCUGAAAUUGUAAAAUAUCAUUUCAAAUAUGGUUUACUGCUGAAACUGGCAGUCCUGUCUGUGACACUUUACAAGUAGCCUAUUCAUGUUCACAUGUUGUAUGUCAUAAACUGUGUAUGAGUUCAGAAACGAUAAAUUGGCGUUACUGACACCUAUAGCAAACCGGCAACCCGCUAUUUAUGUUACAUAAAGCAUUUUUCAUCAGUCUAAACACUGCUGAAUGGGAAUGAAAUUUUGGGAGCUGCAUGAAAAAAGCACAUUUAUUAACAGUGACGUGUCUAAACUGCAUAUGUAUAAAGCUGUGACUUCAUCCCAAAGAAUCUCGAGAAUUUGAAGGAUUUCUUUCCGUUGGGUCAUUUAAGGACUGGCGUGGGACAAAGCGUUUGCAAUAUGCGGUAUUAUACGAAUUUUGGAGAGCAUGAAUUUAAUGUAAAUAAAAUACAAUUUUGGAUGUGUCAGGCAAGUUCACUUUUUAUCUCCCCCUCCCCCCCUAAGUUCCAUGGUUGCAGUUGUCCUUUUGAUUUACUCUCUAGCUUAGGAACGUGGUUUGUGUCCAUUUGUUUGCUCUCAGCACUUAAUAACAAUCAUAAUAAAUAUAAUUAUUUUUUAUAUAUCAAA